AUGCCCGUCUCUACCCAGUCUCCCGACCGCCAGCGCCCCCUUGACGACGACAAGGUUACCGGCUACGACCCUCUCAUCCCCCCUGCCCUCCUCCGUCACGACCUCCCCGUCCCGGCUACCGCUGCCAAGACCAUCUCGGCUGCGCGAAGGACUGUCCGCUCCAUUGUCCGCGGCACCGACCCUCUUGACCGCCUUCUCGUCGUCGUCGGCCCUUGCUCGAUCCACGAUGUCGACCAGGCCAAGGAGUACGCUACCAAGCUCCGCCAGUGCGUCCAGGAGGGCCGCUGGGGCGGCCUCGAGGUUGUCAUGCGUGUCUACUUUGAGAAGCCCCGUACCACUGUCGGCUGGAAGGGUCUGAUCAACGACCCCGACAUCGACAACUCGUUCCAGAUCAACAAGGGUCUCCGCAUCGCCCGUGAGCUCCUCUGCGACAUCAACGCCAUGGGAAUGCCCGUCGGAUGCGAGCUCCUCGACACCAUCUCCCCCCAGUUCAUUGCCGACCUCAUCACCUGGGGUGCCAUCGGUGCGCGAACAACCGAGUCGCAGCUCCACCGUGAGCUCGCCUCUGGAGCUUCGUUCCCCAUCGGUUUCAAGAACGGAACCGAUGGCUCUGUUGGCGUCGCUAUCGACGCUAUGCAGUCUGCCGCGCACCCCCACAACUUCAUGGGUAUCAACUCGCAGGGAAUGGCCUCGAUUGUCAAGACCUCGGGCAACCGCGACUGCCACGUUAUCCUUCGCGGCGGCUCGAAGGGUCCCAACUUCAAGAAGGAGGAUGUCCAGGCCGCUCUCGGCGUUAUGAAGAAGAAGAACCCCGAGGACUUUGCGUCGAUCAUGGUCGACUGCUCGCACGGCAACUCGAACAAGAACCAUCGCAACCAGCCCCUCGUCGCCGAGGACGUCGCCAAGCAGAUUGCCGAGGGUGAGCUCUCGAUCACUGGUAUCAUGAUCGAGUCCAACCUCCGCGAGGGCAACCAGAAGUCGGACAAGGGACGUGACGCUCUCGAGUACGGUGUCUCGAUCACCGACGCCUGCAUUGACUGGGAGACCACGGUUCAGACCCUCGACGUCCUCAACAAGGCCUCGCUCACCCGCCGCGAGCUCCUCGCCGCCCAGCACGCCGCCUCGGACGCCAACCCCGCCGUCCAGCGUGUCAAGGACCAGCAGUAA